GCCAGCAAGCAGGCAGGAAUGUGCGCUUCGGUUGGUCGGAUCGAGUGUCACCGGCUGGAAGGGAGGCGGUAUAAAGGACGGCGCCGCCGGUUCCCCGGACAGAGUAGAUCUAUAAGUGAGCAAGCGCACCGCCAGACGAAGGGAGCGUCCACUGUCAUUCAUUUCAAAAAGAAGCCGGACAUUUUCUUUUCCACCAUGGACGUCCAGAGGACCGGAUCCUUGGUUCGCCCGCCGAGCCCGAUGGACAGCCUGGAGAAGCAGCUGAGCUGCCCCAUCUGCCUGGACAUGUUCACCAAGCCGGUGGUCAUCCUGCCCUGCCAGCACAACCUGUGCCGCAGCUGCGCCAGCGACCUCUACGACUCGCGCAACCCCUACCGCUUUUCCGGCGGCGUCUUCCGCUGCCCCACGUGCAGGUUCGAGGUGGUGCUGGACCGCCACGGCGUCCACGGGCUCCAGCGGAACCUGUUGGUGGAGAACAUCAUCGACAUCUACAAGCAGCAGGUGGAAGUGAGCAGCGGCGGCGGCGGCGGCGGCGGCGGCAACACGGAACCCUCCCUGAAGCCCAAAGAGUCCAAAGAGCCCAAGUGCCAGGAGCACCAAGACGAGAGAAUCAACAUCUACUGCAAAAGCUGCCAGAUCCCCACCUGCUCCAUGUGCAAAGUGUUUGGGCAGCAUCAAGACUGCGAGGUGGCGCCUCUGGAGAGCGUCUACCAGAUCCAGAAGGGCGAACUGAGCAACGCCAUCGACAGCCUGGUGGCCAGCAACGGCCGCCUGCAGUCGCUGCUCAUCCAGAUGGAAGACGCGUGCCGCGCCGUGCAGGAAAACGCCCAGCGGGCCAAGCAGGGCCUCUCGGAACGCUUCGACCUGCUCUACGCCGUCCUGGAGGAGCGCAAGACCGUCCUCCUGGAGCAGAUCGGCAAAGAGCAAGACGAGAAGGUGGCCCAGUUGCGGGCGCUGUCCCAGCGCUACGGCGAGCGACUGCAAGCCAGCGCCGACCUCACCGAGUCGGCCGUGCGGGCGCUGGAGCAGAGCGGCGCCGCCGAGUUUCUGCUGGCGGCCAAGGGCCUCAUCACGCAGACCAAAGACGCGGCCAAGGGCUCCAUGGGCGAAGAGCGGCCCGAGCCGGGUUUCGAGAAGAUGGAUCAUUUCGCCGUGGCGACGGAGCACGUGGAAGCCGUGCUGGCCAAAAUGGACUUUGGCUCGGACGACGAAGAUGACGACGAGGACGAGGAAGAAGAGGAAUGAUGGAAAAUCGAAGUGUCGCCGGACUUAAUGUGCUUGCGAAGGUGUUCCGACGAGAGUCAUGCAGGGACACGAGAUGGAGUGUUGCGCGGGAUGGGGGCUAGCGUCACUCGCCACUACUUUCAGUGCAAUAUUUUAACAUCGCUGGUGAAUACCUAACUUUCCUUUUUAUACUUUUGUACUUCUGGAUCACUUGAAUGUCGGCGUCAAGUUUAGAACGGCGAUUGUCGAAAAGAUGUGUUGCUUUUUAUUUCAAACGUAGCGGGUGCUUUUAGCCGAUGUCUCACUUUGUCUUGCACUUGAAUGCAACCCCAAAUAAAGCUGCAUGACAUUCAA